UAAAAUCAAUUAGAGGAUUAUUAAGUAAUAUAAUAAUCCUAUAACUCACCUCAAGUUCCAUUUGAAACUUAAUUAAUAAAUUAAACUAAAGCUUGGUCUCUGAAAGACAGGUAAAAGAAACUCAGUGUCCGCGGCCCCUGAUCCUCGAUCUCCCAUCAACGCCGAAUACCCACACACCUUGCAUGUGAGACCCGCCACCGACCCUUUCCGGUCCUGGUCCUGGUCGAUCCAAUGAAAAUGGAAGAUCCCACCAUAAACGACACGUACGUGCAGGAGUUCGAUCUGCACCACUUGGAAGUGGGCGGAGCAGCCGGAAACGGAGCUCCCAGCACCAACGGCGGACCAUCGGUGGCCCCCAUUGGUCACGUGAAGCGCGAGGAUCACAGUCCGCCGCAACCGGUGGCGGUCAAGUGGACAACGAAUACAGAGGAGGGGCCGGAAGCGUUGCCCCUUUCUGGGCCCGAGCCCGCCGGAGCCGUAGAAGUUUCGCCGGCGCCUCACAUCAAGCUCCGCUCCUUCUCAGGUCACCAUCAGUGGCACAUGGACGAGCGACGGCUGCAGCCGCUCUCUCCGCCUCCAGAGCAGUACGGUCCGCUGCCCGGACAGGCCAUUCUGGUCAACACAUCCUCCGGAGCAGCAGGAGCACCAGGUGUACCCGGCGGGGUGCCCUCCACGCCGCCAGAGACGCCGCCUGUCGUGGGAUCGCCCACAGGCAGUAGCAGUUGCCCGGCCCAGACCUAUGCCCACCACUAUGCCCGGACGCCGGGUGGCACUGCAUCCGCUGCCGUUGCCGCCUCUGCUGCGGCAGCCGCUUCCGGAGCGGCGGCUGUGAGCGCCGGACUGAGCCACGACAUGAUGUGGCUGACGAAUUCCAUUCGGGCGGAGCAGCAGCCACUGGAUCUUCGUCCUCUGGCCUAUCCCGGGUCACAGGAGGAAGCGGAGGAGUGGGAUCGCCAGCGGGACUAUGCUCUACAGGCGGCAGCGGCCCAUCAUCACCACCACGGGCAGCCGCUGAUGCAGGCACAGCACCAUCCGCACGGUCACGGCGGUCACCCACAUCCGCACCUGCAGCAGGCCAAGUACCCGCACCACCACCACCACCACUUCCACAACCUGGACCUGACACCCAUCAACAUGCACUCCCACGCGAAUUCCUAUGGGGGUGGGCUCGGAUCGGGAUCGGUGACGCCCACUUGCUUGCCCCAGGUUCCGAGCAAUGGCAGCGGCAGCAGCAGCGUUGGCGGUGGCGGAGGAGGAGGCAGCGGUGGUCCGGGCAGCGUCGGCGGCGGAUCUUGCGUGAUCACCCGGGCAGCACUCCAGCCCUGCCGCCCACUCUCUGCCAGCUCCACGAGAUCCUCGAACAAUAUGUCGCCCCGAACGUGCUCCGGGGCCUACAGCACUGCCACUCUGGAGGACUGCAUCAACGACGACAUGUUGACCACGCUGACGGUGCGGGAACUGAACAAGCGGCUCCACGGCUGUCGGGAGGAGGUGGUGCGUCUGAAGCAGAAGCGGCGCACCUUGAAGAACCGCGGCUACGCCCAAAACUGCCGCUCCAAGCGACUACACCAGCGCCAUGAACUGGAGAAGGCCAACAGGCAGCUUAACCAGGAUCUGCAUCGCCUUAAGCUGGAGUACUCGCGGGUGUGCCAGGAGCGGGACGCUCUCAUGCAGCGGUUGCAGCGCGUAGGUAACGGAGGAGGGGGCGCAGGUGCCGGAGAUAGCCAAAACUCGCCGGAGUUCUACCUCUGACGCCAGCUGGCGGCGGCCAGUGGCACCGGCUCCUCCACAUCCGCAUCCGUGUCUACAUCGCAGCACCACCAGCUCCAUAUCCAGCAUCGGGGUCCACAGUGGAAUCCCCAGCAGUUGGUCAACUAAGCGAAAAGCAUUCCGGGUGUAAGGUAUUUUCCCCAAAGAGGUUAUUUCUAGGAUUCCAUUGAGGUUCUAGUGGUUCAUCAGACUAUAAAUAAUUUGUAAAGGAAAUUGUCGGAAAGAGAAUACUUUGAAAAUCAUUUGCUGAAAGGUUUUAGUUUC